AUAGCCUACGUGUAUAAGACGCAGAUACAGCCGAAAUCACCAGAAGGUACAGUUUCAACUACUCAGUUUGUCGUAUACUUUCAAACGGUUCAGAGCGUUCUUCUGUGGGUUCCUGGUUCCUAUUGGAUAGAAUUUGUUGUGCAACUGAACACAAAAGUUUUGAAUCGCUGAUUAGGUGCAAGUUAUAGGAGCAUCAGGAAAUCGAUUUUAUCUGUAAGCAUUUGCAUUGCAUUUUUCAACCCACAGCGCUACUAGCAGCACUCGAUCAUGUCUGCGGACCGCCCCCUAGAUGUGGUCAUUUUCGGUGCGACUGGUUUCACCGGCAAAUACACCAUCUACGAAGGGAUCAAAUUGCUAGACGGUCUCAAAUGGGGUGUCGCCGGCCGAAACAAGGAUAAGCUUGCACAAACGCUCAAAGAGAUUGGUCAGAAAGCCGAUAAGGAUCUCUCGGAAACGCCGAUGGUGAUCGCUGAUGUUAAAGAUCCAGAUUCCCUGAAGAAAAUGGCCGAACAGUGUCGCAUUGUGGUCAACUGCUGCGGUCCAUACCGGUUCUUCGGCGAGCCGGUUGUGAAGGCGUGCAUCGAAGCCGGCACCCACCACGUGGAUGUAAGCGGCGAGCCACAGUACAUGGAAAAAAUGCAGCUACAGUACAAUGAGCAAGCUCAGGAGAAAGGAGUUUACAUCGUAUCCGCCUGCGGGUUCGACAGCAUUCCAGCAGAUUUGGGAACAGUGUUUCUGGAAAAGGAAUUCGAUGGCACGGUUAAUUCGGUAGAAACCUUCUUAGAGACCAAAUCUACUAAUUCGGAUGGCGGAGCAGUCCUUCACUAUGGCACGUGGGAGUCGGCCAUCUACGGACUGGCCCAUGCCAACGAGUUGCGAGGAAUAAGAAAUCAGCUCUUUCAAUCGAGGCUACCCAAUUUCCAACCCCGUCUGAAAGAUCGUCCAUUGCUGCACCGAAGUAAAUUUGUAAAUGAUCGCUGGUGUCUUCCUUUCCCUGGCUCUGAUCGGUCGGUUGUCAUGCGCUCUCAGCGAUACUUCUAUGACAACGACAAGAAGCGACCCGUACAAAUGAAGGCCUAUAUUACUUUCACUACCUUAUUCGAGGUGUUGGCGGUUAUUCUGGUUGGCGCUGUCUUUGGUAUUAUGACCCGAUUCAAGCUUGGACGACAACUGCUUUUGAAGUAUCCCCGUCUGUUCUCGGCCGGCUUCGUGUCACACGAGGGUCCUUCGGAGAAAACGAUGCAAAACACCACCUUCACCAUGUACUUCAAGGGUGAGGGAUGGAACCGCGACGAGGACCAGCUGGAACCAUCGGAUCAGUUCAAGGUGCCACCCAAUAAGAAACUAAAGGUCAAAGUUUCUGGCACCAAUCCGGGCUAUGGAGCUACCUGUGUGGCACUGCUCCUUUCCGCAACCACCAUUCUGAAGCAUAGCGACAAAAUGCCAUCUAAUGGAGGAGUAUUCCCGCCAGGUGCUGCUUACUACAAAACGAACUUGAUUGAGGAACUCUGCAAAAAUGGAUUCAAAUUUGAAGUAAUGAAAUAAGUGAUUUACCCAAAUAACUUCGAAUUGAAAAGCAAGCAUGUUUUAAAAAAUCAUUAUAUCAGUCAAAGCAUGAAUACUACAAAGCAUUAUCAUUUUACAUCCUUUUUGGUACCUAAUAUAUUUGAAGACUGUUGUUGCUAUUGAGUCAAAAAACUGAACUAAAAAUAACGAUCAUUCAUCGAAAAUAUCUAUAUUCUCCAAUAAGACUUACUUUUAUGUGUAUCGUUGCUAAUAAACAUAAAUUUUGAAUUGUA